AGCAGCAGAAGCAGUUGCUGGUGGCUUUGCUGGAAAUUGUUGCAGAGAGCCAGCAAGCAGCAACAGCGGCAGCGCAGUUACAAAAAUUCUUAAACAAUAAAUGCAAACACACACACACUAGCACACGCGUGAUUUAAGUACAUUUAGAUACGUGAAAAACAACAAACAAUUCCCAAAAUUCGUUUUUCGACUUGUGCAAAAAGUGAAAGAAGAGGAGCAGCACAACAAAAAGGAGCAGCGGAGGAGCGAGCGAAGGAGCGUGGCUACAGAGUGCAGCUGAAGCUCGCAGCAGUACAUAAGUAUGUAUGUGUGUACAUGCAUAGUAUGUAUGUACACUCAGAUGGAUGUAUGUACAUGCCAAAAAUUGUCGAAGCUGCAUAAAAUAUAAAUCACAGGCGAAAGGGAAUAAACAGCGACACGUUCUGCCAAUAUGUCGCUGGUGCACACAUUUCUCGGCACCUGGGAGAUUGUCUGCUGCACUUUUGAGGGCAAGCGUGAGCUAUCCGGCCUAGAGGGAAUAAAGUUUCGACUGGAUGAUACGAGCGAUAUUACAUGGUAUAAUGAUCUGGUCAGUCCGAUACCUGAAACACAAGACUGCGGCACUUACUGCGGCGAUUCGGCGAGUGUUUUAUUUAGCUGUGAGACAUUCGAUGUGCAUGAAACGAAUCCUCGGCUCGUAUUUGGGGCCUUUGCCGGUCACAGCAUUGAGUUCAGCACCAACACGUUGACGCCGACUGAUGCGCUGGUGCUCAGCUGCGAGAAUUGGUAUGCCGUCGAGUGCAAGCGCUUGCAGGAUGGCCAGGCGGCUGGGCAGGAGCAACAAUUGAGCUUUGGCGAGGCCCUGCAGGAGUCCUACUUCAGCGAUGUGGUGGUUAAGAGUGCCAGUGGUCUGGAAUAUGCGCUGCAUGCCUCCAUUUUGCGCCUCAACGGAUUCGAUUGCAGCAUGUGCGUCAAUAGCGCGCCCGCAUCAGCGCGACAAGUGGUCAAGAGUGGUGUCGGUGCUGGCCACUGUCAUAGCGGUCCCAAUACACCCAAUCCCAUUCGAAUUUCUGUUGCACCCGCCGGCGAGGAUGAGCAUCAAAAGUCAUUGCCGCGCUUGAAUCUGUCGCCCAUUUAUCUACAGCCACCCUGUGAUUUCCAGACGCUUUCGGGCCUGGGUGCGCAACGAGUCCAUCAAUACAGCAGCAGCUUCAACUGCCUCAGCAAUGGCAAUGACUCAGAGCCAUCAAUCGGCAUUGGUACGGGCACGGGCACGGGCACGGGACUGCUCAGCGUUGAGUGUGGCGGCGGCGGCGGCGGCAUGUAUCGUUUUCCACCCACUUCGCACUCCGAUUCGCAUCUGGAAACGUCGCAGUCCCACUGCAAGAAUAUAUUCAAUUUCUGUCAGGAUCUAAUAAUACAGCCAACGCCAUCACCGUUGCUGCCAGCUGGCGGACUAAGCGCCGGCCUUGCUGUCUGCAGCAUUAGGCGACCGCCGUUGUCGCCAUACCGUGCACGCAGCCCCUCACCAUUUCCCAGCUCCAUGGACACGCCGCCAUCGUCGCCACUGACGCCCGUGGGUGUGCUGUGCAAUCUGCCCACGUUCCUCCUAAGUCCCAUCCUCCACUGGCUGUACACGGAGUCUAUGCUGCCGGACCUCGAGGAGGAUGUUUGCGAGAAGCUCAUCAAUUUCGCCGAAUCGCAGCCAUCGCUGACCAAAUUGGUGGAGCCAACGCGCAAGUACCUGAGGCUGAUGAAACUGAAGAAAUUUGUGGUCAAUGUGACUAUGAAUCUACAUGGCAUACUCAAUCGCGUCAUACAGCGCAUCAAUCCUGGGAGCAUUUCACACGAGCCUGCCCAGCUGUGUAGCACGUUUCAGGAUGCAUUGCGUGAUUGUGCCAUAGGUUGUGCCAAGGUGCUGCAAUUCUGUAAUAUAUUCAUCACGGAUGCCACACACACGCACAUGACGCGCUAUCAGAAGAAUGAAAUUGUCAAAUAUAUUCGCAGUCGCAUACCAAUAUUCAUGUCACAAGUGCAGCAGCUCUUACGCAACGUUCUGGGUGUAUUUGUGGGCCUUACAGUGGAGGAGAAGGCAGAUUUGGUGAACUAUUUAGUACCUGAAAUUGAAUCAACAUUAUUUGUAUUAACUGCUGUGAUAGAGGAAAUCAAAAACUCACUGGAAAUCAUGUGCAAGGACCUUAAAUGCUCGCAUUUGGAAUUGCCACAGCAACAGCAGCAGGCUGAGGAUGCCAUUGUCAUGCAAUUGCAUUAUGUGGAGUCAAGCGGUGCUGAUCCAUCGCCACGUCCACGUCGCGGCGCACCCGUCGGUCUGACGCUCUACGACAAUCACACGGACAAGAAGCGCCUCAGCUCGGCCGAGAAUGAUUUGAAAUUUGUGCUCUACAUGUACGAAGUGCGUAAAAUGCGUGACAUUUAUGGACGAAUUGUGGCUGCCCUCGAUAUAAUUAAUGACAAAAAAACAACCUUCUGCGAGAUGGAUUUCCUCAGCAAGAUUAGUACAAUUAAUCAAAAUAUGGAGCAGCUAAUUGUCGACAUUCCAGCUUACAUUUUUAUAGUGGAGAACCUAUCCGAUCGCCUCGAUGACAAAUUGGGUUGGAAAGAGUUUAAAUUUUGCUUCAAGCUGGCCACCAGUCAAAUAAAUGGCGUUAUAGCAAAACUUUUGGAUCACAAGAGUGCCCUGAGAGAUGCGAUCAGUCAGAUAUGUUUGCUGGUGCAUAAACAGGAAUUUACGCAGUCCCUCAUCGAGCUGGGGCUACUGGAUAGCGGCACGAGCGGGGAGCCAAGCGAUUUGAAAAUGGCCGACCAUGAGAAUAAUCUAAAUGUGGGCCUAACCGAUGCGGAUCAUCAGCUGCUGCUCAAUCAUCAGCAUUACUAUGACUACAAAAGCAUUAAGCUAAAUCUCAUUCGUCAUCUGUGCGAGCCACCAACGGCAGCCAAUAGCAAUCUCUCGAAGAAUGCACUCCGGCUGCUGCACUCCACACAGCUGGCGGAUAUGGAGUUUGAGGUGCAUACGUUGCAUACAGCCAGCGGCAAUGCUGUGGACACAGAGGCCACAACAACAGCAACAGCAACAGCAACAAAAGGUCACUCUCUGGCAGCCGAGUUGGUAAAUGUGAAUACGAAAUACAAAAUGUCAUCCACUGAUCUGCGUGCCGGCGGGGCAGCGGCGGAUGAGUACCAUCUGGCCGCGAGCACCUCGGGCGGUGGUGACGGUGGCGGCGGCGGCAGCGGCGGUGGUGGUGGUGGCGAGAAGCUAAAGGACAUGCCAGAGAAGUACGUAAUGGCGAUUGUCAAUUUCCUGGACUGGCACGUCAACUCGACAGCCGACAUGGAGCGGCUCAACCUGAAGGCGAGCAUCAAGUCGGUUUAUUGGCUUUUCCUCAUCCAAUACGCGGCACUGGCCAUCCUCGGCGUGAUUCUGAAUAUCGCAAUUAUCGUGUACAUCAUGUACCACCGCCUGUACAAGGAUGUGACACACUCGUUCCUGAUCAACCUGGCCCUGUGCCACUUCGUCCAGUGCGCCCUGGUCCUGCCCGUCUCGCUGAUGGUGAUGCUCAUCCAGAACUGGAUCUUCGGCCAGUUCCUGUGCUUCUUUCUGCCCAUGCUACAGGACAUUCCGCUACAUGUGGCCAUGAUAUCGCACAUUCUGAUUGCCUGGGAUCGCAUGCGCUGGCUCAACGAUCCGCUGAAGGGCCGCCUGCCGGGCUUCGUCUGCUGCUGUGCCACCUGGCUGACUGGCAUGGUGAUUGCCCUGCCCUAUCCCAUAUACACCUUCUACGUGGAGCUGGGGGACUACAUGCCGCAGCUGGCCGGGAUUGGGCUGUGCGUCGUGAACCUGAUGGACGACAUGCAGGAGUACACCAGAGGCCUGUUCCUGCUCAUGUACUGUGGCCCCGCCAUCCUUUUGUCCUACCUCUACAUCCGCACGUCGCAGGAGCUGCGUCCGCCGGAGGGACCCUUUGCGGUCAUGAUGUACGAGCACCGAGCGGACCUGCGGAUGCGCCAGCGGCACUCGUCGACGUCGUCGGCCGAGCCGCGCACCCUCAGCGGCGGAGGAGUGGCGGGAUUGAGCAACGGAAACCAUGCGAGCAGCAGGUCCUACGACUUGUACAGCGCCGAGCUGGAUGUCCACCGGGAGAAGCGGAAGCAGCGGAACUUCGGGAGCAUGGCCGCCACCCAGGUGGUGUGCGUGUGCCCCCUGAUGAUCCUCCGCUUUGCGCGCCUCUCGCUGGAGGAGACAUACGAGAACCAGAAGCACUUCGACUUCACCUACCUGAUGUUCGUGUGGGUGGCCUUCCUCCCCACCGUCAUCUUCCCCUGCAUCUACGCCUCCCAGAUACUGCCCAGGGAUGAGCAGGAGCGCUUGCGGGGCUACUUUCGCCUCUCUUCGAAGAGAAAGCAGAAGACGCAGCGGCGCAGCGAUGCGGCACGUGGCUCCCGGGAGGACUCCAUCGAGAAGGAUGAGCCCACGAACACCACCACCAUCCAGGGACAGCAGCCGCACCAGGGACACCCCGAGCCGCAGCACAAGCAUCCGGCCAAGGUGCGGCACGAGCGGAGUGCGGGCCAUGGCGCCACCGGCGAGCGCUACAGCGGACCACCCCACAGGCAGGGCAAGGACAGAGACAGGGAGAGGGACAGGGAGAGGGAGAGGGACAGGGAGAGGGAGCGCAUGAGAGGCGGACGCGGACCUGGCGACGCUGGUGUGGUCAACAACCUGGGCAAGGAUGUGCGCGGCAAGAAGCACGAUGUGAAGAUCAACAUCAUCUCCGAUGGGGGACAUGCCGGCGGCCACCACCCACGGAAGCAUCCCGCAAGCAGCGGCAGUGGCAGCAGCAACCGCAGCAGACCGACACCCAGUCAGCGGCAGCUGCGCAGUGCGGAGUGCAUGUCGGGCAUAGCCGCCUCCUCCUACUGCAAUGGGAAUGGAAAUGUGACUGGGACUGGAGCUGGGACUGGGACUGGGACUGGGGCGACUGGGAGCAUGCUGGAUGACAGCGGCACGAGCAACUAUGGCGAUGGGGAGGAGAGUUCCGUGGUGAGCAGCAUGAUGGUGGGGCCGCAGCGUUGGCCGGCAGCGGCCGGCGGCGGGGGCGGGGUGGGGCUGCGACACAAGGACAUCUCGUUCAGCGAGUGCAGCAGCAGCACCUUCUCGUCCAGCACCCUGGAGCGCGACCUGGAGAUCAUGGACCAGCUGGAGCGCGAGCGGAGCAUGGACAUCCAGGAGAUGCUGCUGCGGGAGCAGCGCGAGAAGAGCCGCCACAGCGGCGGUCGCCAGCUGCCGGACAUCGAGAAGCUCUACGCCCAGCGCUCGCCCAAGGCCAAGCGGGAGGCCACGGCCUACGGCUACGACAAGGCCGCACUGGCCCUGGUCCUGCCCGGCAGCGAUCCCCUCAGCAGCCUCUCCCUCUCCGGCAGCAGCCAGCCCACAGAGUACAGCAUGUGCUCCUCCCUGCAGGAUCCCAGUGCGGAGCAUCGACUGCAUGAGCAGCAUAAGGAUGGGGGUGAGGAUGAGGAGGAGGAGGAGGAGGAGGAGAUUGUGCCGCCGGAUUUCUACGACAACUACACACCAGGCGGUGCACAGAACUUGCCGCCGGCUGUCGCCCAGGCGGCCAGUGCCCAGGCCGUCGCCUCCGUUCCGCCGCCCGCCUAUCAGUAUCAGUACAGUCGGAAUCGGCUGAGCCGGAAGAGCUCCAGUGGGUCGCACCACCACCCCCACGCGGGCGGUGCCAUGUCGUCGCGCGGCUCCAAGCGGGACAGCUUCAACUCGCUGAACGGCACCGACCUCAUAGCCGGUGCCUUCUGCGAGCUGGAUCCGACGCAGCCGCUCAACAAGAUGGCCGUCAUCGAGGGUCGGAUGCGCCGCAGCAGUCCGCGGAACGCCAGCUUCAGCUCUGGCUCGGGCUCCGGCUCCGGCUCCGGGCGCAGCUCCAUGAAGUCCUCCUCGCGGGACUAUGGUCACGGCUCCUCCUCGCACUCGGCCCAUCCCGAGCUCGACUUCAGGGAGAACAUUUUCGCAGAGUUGUAAAGAGGGAAGAGCGAAGAGGGAAGAGGGAAACGGAACGAAAAGCUUUAGC